UCCCUGCCCAAGCCCCCACCUUGCUCUGCAGCCCAGGACAGUGACUGUUCCCAGAAGAAGAGUGGAGGAGCUGUGGAGUGGACGAGAAAAGGAAAAUGCAGACAGAGAAGCACCUCACAGGAACAUUGGUUCUCUCCGUCUUCACUGCGGUGUUGGGCUUCUUCCAGUAUGGCUACAGCCUGGGGGUCAUUAAUGCCCCCCAGAAGGUGAUAGAAGCGCAUUACGGGCGUGUACUGGGCAUUGUCUCCCCAGACAAAUAUGCCACCAAUGCCUCUGGGGAGGAUGGCAUGUUUCUCCAGGCUGGCACAGAAGGCACACUCCCAGCCCCGACUGACAUCAGCGAGGACCUCACUACCUCCCCACACAUCCUCACCAUGUACUGGUCCCUGUCCGUGUCCGUGUUCGCCAUCGGGGGUAUGGUCUCCUCCUUCACUGUGGGCUGGAUCGGCAACCGGCUCGGGAGAGUGAAAGCCAUGCUGGUGGUAAACAUCCUCUCCAUUGCUGGGAACCUCCUCAUGGGGCUGGCAAAAUUUGGGCCAUCCCACAUCCUCAUCAUCUCCGGAAGAGCGGUCACAGGGCUGUACUGCGGGCUCUCCUCUGGACUCGUGCCCAUGUAUGUCAGUGAGGUCUCUCCCACGGCCCUUCGAGGAGCGCUGGGGACGCUGCACCAGCUUGCAAUCGUCACGGGCAUCCUCUUCAGCCAGAUCCUUGGACUAGACUUUCUUCUGGGCAAUGACGAGAUGUGGCCCCUGCUCCUUGGUCUAUCUGGCGUGGCUGCCCUGCUGCAGUUCUUCCUGCUCUUACUGUGCCCUGAGAGCCCCCGCUAUCUUUACAUCAAACUGGGGAAGGUGGAGGAAGCUAAAAAAAAUUUGAAAAGGCUUAGAGGAAACUGUGAUCCAAUGAAAGAGAUUGAAGAGAUGGAAAAGGAAAAGCAAGAAGCUGCUAGUGAAAAGAAAGUCUCCAUAAGACAGCUGUUCACCUCUUCCAAGUACAGGCAGGCUGUCAUUGUGGCGCUGAUGGUGCAAAUAUCCCAGCAAUUCUCGGGAAUCAAUGCGAUCUUUUACUACUCCACAAACAUUUUUGAGAGAGCUGGCGUUGACCAACCAGUUUAUGCAACCAUCGGUGUUGGAGUGGUGAACACGGUCUUCACUGUUAUCUCUGUCUUUCUGGUGGAGAAGGCGGGCAGGCGGUCCCUGUUCCUGGCAGGUUUGAUGGGCAUGUUAGUCAGCGCCGUGGCCAUGACAGUUGGGCUUGUGCUCCUGAGCCAGUUUGCCUGGAUGAGCUAUGUCAGCAUGGUUGCAAUCUUCCUCUUCGUCAUCUUCUUCGAAGUGGGGCCUGGGCCCAUCCCCUGGUUUAUCGUAGCCGAACUGUUCAGCCAGGGCCCGCGUCCUGCUGCCAUCGCUGUCGCCGGCUUCUGCAACUGGGCCUGCAACUUCAUCGUGGGAAUGUGUUUCCAGUACAUAGCAGAUCUGUGUGGACCAUAUGUGUUCGUAAUCUUUGCGGGUCUGCUCCUCAUCUUCUUCCUGUUUGCACACUUCAAAGUGCCGGAGACAAAAGGAAAGUCCUUUGAGGAGAUUGCAGCUGUAUUCCGCCGCAAGAAGCUCUCGGCCAAAGCCAUGACUGAGCUGCAAGACCUGCGACGCAGCGAGGAGGCAUAGACAGCCCGUGCACCCAGAAAGGAGGGACUGGGCAUGCACCUCCUUCAGGCACCAUGUGAAGAAUGUUGGGCAAAAGUCUCAUUUCACAAAAACCUUGCAGCUGGCAGACCAGGAAAACCCAUCCAUCGGAUUCCUUCUGGCUGCUGUGGUUCACACCUCCUAGCCACAAGUGCCAACCUGGAAUUUUACCCUGAGACAU